AUGGCUCGCCAGGGGGGGAGGGCGAAGGCGAAAGCUGCCUCUGCAGCGAAGAAGAAGAAGGACGAGGAGAGAGAGGAACGGAAGGAAGACAGAGAGUGCAGAAAGGAGGAAGCAUCUGCAGCUGCAGCCGAGGCGACUCAGGCGAAUGAAAAAGGGGCAGAAGCGGAACGGGAGACAAAGAGUCAGGCGGAACCAGAAGAAGCCGUUGCGGGAGGGAAAACAGCUGAGCGGGGUCAAGAGACGACAGAGACUUCAGGAGCCGCAGAACGAAGGAAGAACGCGUCAGAGAAAGACGCAGUUGAGAAGGAAACUCUCGAGACUGUGAGUGAAGGCGGUUCAGCAGGAGAUGCGUCGAACCCUUCGCCUGCGGAGUCUGAGAAGAAGCGUGAAGAACCGAAAGAUGACGCGGCCAGUGUCUCGGCUGCACCGGGCGCCUCCCAAGGUGUACGUACACCGGAUGAGACGGGGACAGCCGCUGGCGAGGAGGCUUCGCCUCAGGAGAACCCGAGCAAAGACGCGGAAUCGCAUUCUCAGGAGGGCAAAGCGAGAGGCGAGCAGACUCCGGCGAGCCGUAGCCAGAAAUUCCCAAAAGGACCACGAAAGGAGGCUCGCCCGCCUCGGGUUCCGUCCGCUCCCCCUCGCCCGCCAGCUGCACGUACACCGCCUCCACCUCCAGGAGCGCCGCUGAUUCUCUCGGCUCCUCAGCGACUUCCGCCUCACGUUCCGCCGCCGCCUUCUCUCGCCCACUGUCAUCGUUAUGCUCCGCCUCCGCCCCAUCCUUCGUUUUCCGCCGCUCCAGCGGUUCAUUCUCCGCGGCCUCGUUUCCCUCCCUCUCCCUUUUCUGUCGCUCCUGCCUUCCCAGCCGUCUCGCCCGUCCCUGCGUCCCCGCCAUUUCAGCAGCGCACGCUGGAGGGCGCGAUGGAUCCUUUUGCUCAGCUCGCGUACUUCACCUUGCUGAAGCAGGAACGCGAGGAAACCGCAAAGUUUGCAGCCUCCGGGGAAGUGCAGCCUGCCUCGGAAGAAGGAAAAGCGAACCAGGACGGCGCCCCGCCUCGCUCGGAUGCCGCCUCCGUCGUCGGCGCACCGUCCACAGUCGAAGUGGGGAGCACGUACACUGGGUUGUCGACGACUUCCCACUUCGGCUUAUAUAGUGAACCCGAGAUGUUGCGGCGGAUCGAAGCGGCGCGGGACUACGACGAGGUCCGGCGCCUCGUGACAAUGUACACGGAGAAGGCGAAGAAGUUUCCCGCCGUGCUCGGCGGCCUGCUGCUGAGACUCGCGCUGCUCGGGAGACAAGCCUUCAAAGAUCAGUUGCUGGAAAUGGGACGUGCACUCCUGAUGAAGAACGCGGGUGUCCUCGAGAAAGACGCCGCCAAAAGAGCCAUGAAAGAGCCGCCUCCUGGACGCACUCUCGCCCCGUUGGACCCCACCUGCCAGGAAGACGUCAAAUUUGAUGACUUCACCAAGACGGUGGCGCGUCUGUCGGACCUUCUCGUUGCGCAGUUGCAGGAGCAAGCGUCUCGGGUGUCGAACGACGUUUUACAGAACCUGCUGUGGGCUCUGUCGCUGACGCAAGCGAACUGCAUGCUCGUUUUUCGCCGGCUCGCAGGCUACGUUUUGGCGCGCCAGGACUUCUCGGUGUCCCAGCUGGUCACCGUCUUCUGUGCGUACACCCGAGGCCUGGAGAAAACCGCUGACCGGAAGGGAGGCAUCAACAUCACUUCGGACGACAACGCCUUCUUCGAGGACUGCGUGCAGAAGUUGCUCAAGAGACCCGACGAACUCCCGUCCCUCUCCACAAAGCAAAUCGCUCUCUUCCUCCAGGCGUGCAACCGCCUAAACUACAACAACGCUCAGCUCCUCAAGCACGUCGGGAAACUCUCUUUGCAGAAAGAAAAGGAAUUCCUCCCCAAAGAGUGGGCGUCCGUCGUCGCUGUUUUUACGAGGUUCGGCGUCCCGCUGAGAGGCGAAUGCGAGAAGCUGCGAAGAGAGCGCCGCGUGAGAGACUGGGAAAGGCCUCCGCCGCCCAAGAAACCGAAACCGAUCAGUCAAUGCUAA